AUGAUAUCGUUAGCAAAGAUUCUGGGUCAUCUUCUGGCUCUACUGUUUGUUGUCCAGGCUGCUCCCGUGGAGGUCAAGGAUGUAGUGGCUUCGAUGGAUAAACAGAAGCUCUACGAACCCAAUCCUCCAGUAACUCAUAAAAUUCUUAUGGGUAUCGAAUACAAGAACCCAAGGACGGAUCAGAUUACAACCCAUGAAAUUGGUAUAGAGCUGUAUGGGUCGGUGGUUCCAAAAACUGUGGAAAAUUUUUCAGUUCUUUGUAAAGGUGUCAAGGCUAGAGUCGCUGGUAAAGAUCCUAACGAUACCAUCGACAUAGUCUACAAGAAUAAUUAUAUCACUGAAAUUCGAGCAAAUAAACAUUUGAGAACAGGUAAAAUUUUACCACACAUUGGUCCUUUCUCUAUUCAUGGUCCAAAGUGGGAUGAUGAAAAUUUCGACUUGAAACACGAUAGAGCUGGUAGAUUAUCAAUGGCCAAUGAUGGUAAACCAGAUAAUAACAAUUCUGAGUUCUACAUUUCAUUCGCUGUCGAUGGUGAUGAGGAAAAGGACAACAAAAACGUCGUCUUUGGACAGGUGGCAUCAGGUUUGGCAGAAUUGUUGGAUAAUAUGCAAUUCGCUGGCGUUAACAAUAGAUACUGGCCUGAUAGUACCACUAAGAUUAAAUAUUGUUUUGUUGAUCAAUUAUUUUUAGCUAACCUUAAUGACUUACAUGCUGAUUAUUUGAAGGACUUGGAAGACUAUAGAUCAGGUAAUACUGAAAAGGGUUCAACUUUAGAAAAAGCUUUGACUCUAUUGAAAGAGAACAAACCAACUGCUAAUGCCAAACCUGUUUCCAAAACAGAAUCCAGCCCAGAUUAUUUCGUUAUAAACCCAUACUAUUUCCUUGCUGGCAUAGUUAUCUUGUUAGUGAUCUUUAAAUUCAGAAAAGUUAUCAUUCCAAAAUCUGCCAAGAUAGUUUCCUUAAAAUGA